AUGACCAAUGUCUUGGAUCCAAAGUAUCUGAAGUUCCGUGGAGAGAGCCUGAUUGAGAUGUACAACUGGAAAAGGGAAAGGAUAUACAAAUUCCUGCAUGAGAGUUGCACGACGGAACCGUUGAAACUGCUCUAUAAGCAAUUUCUUUCUCUCUGUCCUUUGGAUAAACCGGUCCCAGAUGGUUGGAAGGUAGAACACAACUAUCAACCUGUCAAUAAGAAAGGUAAUCCCGAUUCGAAGGCCUAUGGACCCGAUCAGCAUAUUUUCCGUAUGCCAACUCGAGAUCCGCGCCCCAUAUUCUCCAAGUUUGAUGUGAACCCUAACGACGACUGGACUCAUACAAACACCAUGAGCAUCCCAGGCUCCGAAACAACCCUCGCAAGCCCACGAUAUUGGAACCACUAUGAUCUCCUCGGUCUCAUCUUAUCGGUCUUACAACCCGAGUUGGAUGGAGCUGAUAAAGAUAGAUUCUUCCUUCCUCUGACGGCGGUAUAUGGUCGAUGGUGUGCCCAGAUUGGAGGCAAUAGGGCAACUACGGAAGAAAAAGACAAAGGAAAAAGAGGCGUUGGAGCUGUGCCAGCUGUUUUCCAGUGCACAUGGAUCAAAGGUAAGGAGGAUAAAGUUUACUUCGCUUUAGGGUCCUCGCUGGCUGGAUUUGAUUGGAACAACGAAGAACAGGUAGGGAAAUGGAAGAUAAGACUUCGGCACACUCGUUUCGACCUCCUGAAAGGAUGGAACUAUAUAGACAAGGCUGGAGAAAAAUGGGAUUACUGGUGGUCGCCCACGUUGGAGGAAAACGCGAUAGCAGGAACGCAUUUUGGCAACUGUGGAGAAACAUAUCCCUUUCUUCACGUAUUUGACUCCUGGACCAAGAACUCGAGGGGCAAGGCUCAUGGCUUGGCACUUUCUAGCAAGUUCCUUGGGGACAAUGUGUUGAAACUUAACUACUCGCCAAAGGCCAUGCACCAGCCAGCCGAUGAUGAUGAAACCAGCUGCAAAUUCAUUAUCCCCCCCUGCAAAAACUGCAGAUAUCUACUUCAAAAGGCUGAUGCAGUGGAUGCUCAAUUUAUCUAUCCACCUAUACAGAGCACAUAG